GAAUUUUUCAAUCGUGAUUCGCGCCGCGACAAUGGCAACGUUAACGCGUAUCCCGAGGUUUACAACAUUUCGGAGCAAGAACGCAAAUUUGUUUGACUUGCCACGUUCAAGAAGUAAACCUCUUCUCUUCGGAAAAGCCAUUGUGGCUUAUUUAUGCACGGAAAACAAGUAUACCUACGACCUGGUGGUCCUUGGAGGUGGAUCUGGAGGUUUGGCGGCAGCAAAAGAAGCCGUUGAACUAGGAGCUAAAGUUGCGGUUUUGGAUUACGUUACUCCAACUCCAUUGGGAACGAAAUGGGGAUUGGGUGGAACCUGUGUCAACGUCGGGUGCAUCCCGAAGAAACUGAUGCACCAGGCUGCCCUCCUUGGCGAAGCUGUUCAUGAAGCAGUAGCUUUUGGUUGGCAAAUUCCGGAUCCAAGCAGCAUCUCAAUUGACUGGUGUGCUUUGAAAACAGCUGUCCAAAACCACGUAAAAUCUGUCAAUUGGGUAACACGCGUCGAGCUGAGAAACAAUUUUCUUUUCUAUAUGUUUUGUCUUUCCAGAAAAGUAGAUUACAUCAAUGCUCUUGGAUAUUUCAAAGAUCAGCAUACGAUUGCUGGUGUAAUGAAAAAUGGAGAGGAAAAGCUUAUCACGGCACAAAAUAUUUUAAUUGCUGUAGGUGGAAGACCUAACUAUCCGGAUAUUCCCGGGGCUAUUGAAUACGGAAUCACAAGUGAUGAUAUUUUCAGUUUAGAGCAAUCGCCUGGCAAAACUCUGGUUGUCGGUGCUGGUUACAUCGGAUUAGAGUGUGCAGGUUUUCUAAAUGGAAUGGGUUUCGAUACAACGAUAAUGGUGCGGUCCAUUAUUUUGCGAGGAUUUGAUCAGCAAAUGGCAAACAUUGUCGCUGAAGAAAUGGCAGAACGAGGUGUGCACUUUGUUUAUGAAGCAAAACCAAAAGCAAUUGAGAAGCAGGCUGACGGCCGUCUCCUCGUCCACUGGGUCGACAAAGAUGGAGAAGUUCACCAGGACGUUUACGAUACCGUCUUAUUCGCAAUUGGACGAAGGGCUUUGACUAAAGAGUUAAAACCAGAAAACGUGGGACUUAAACUUGUCAAGGAGUCUGGCAAGAUAGACGCGGUCAACGAACAGACGAACGUGCCUAACAUUUUCGCAGUUGGAGAUGUUCUUCAUAAAAAACCAGAGUUGACUCCAGUCGCAAUCCAUGCAGGAAAGUUGUUAGCAAGACGGCUUUAUGGAAAUUCUACAGCCAAGAUGGAUUAUACAAAUGUGGCAACUACAGUUUUUAGUCCUUUGGAAUAUGGAUGUGUAGGAUUGAGCGAAGAGCAGGCAAUUGCGAUGCAUGGAGAGGAGAAGAUUGAAGUCUACCACGCUUAUUACAAGCCGACAGAAUUCUUCGUGCCACAGAAAAAUGUAAAGCACUGUUACGUCAAAGUUGUAGCUCUUCGACAUGAUGAUCAGCGAAUUCUUGGAAUGCACUUUAUUGGCCCCAGUGCUGGAGAAGUCAUCCAGGGCUUUGCUGCUGCUCUAAAAUGCAAUCUCACAUUCCCUAUGCUGAAAUCAACUGUUGGAAUUCAUCCAACGACUGCGGAAGAAUUCACGAGAGUAUUUAUUACAAAAAGAUCCGGAAUGGACCCCACGCCACAAAGUUGCUGUAGCUAAAUUGAAAUUAGGAUCAAGUAUUUGAUUCUUUUGCAAAAAGCGUUUAUUUAAGUAGAAUUUAAACGGCUUCAGCGGCACUUAAGAAUCUUUGUCACCUACUCUUUAUAAUGGUGUGAGAAAUAAUAGGAACAUAUUUGUAAAUGCGAGACAGUUACAAGAUCGAUAUAAUUGGUCCUGAUAACAUUAUGUUAAUCUGAUUGGAACGAGCUUGUAUACAAUUUAAUUACCGGUUUUUUGUAAAGAAUUUAUGAAGUAAAACAGUUGCACCAAGCGGAAAUCAGACUCUGUACAAAUGCUGGAUACACGAUUUAUUGUUACUAAUUACUUAAUAGACUAAUACAGAAUGCUUUGUUGAAGAAGCAAAUUAGUGAUUUUUGUACACGGUGUUUUAGCUGCAAUUCCACUUAAUAUAAACUAUCUUUUGUACUAAA